CUGUGUUGUGAGCCCAGGACAGCAGAGUUUGCUGCUCCCCACCAGCCUUGCAGAGUUUGGACUGAUCACUAGCAAGGCAGGAGAAAGAGAAACUCGGUUCAAACUUCACCUGGAGCCUUUGGUCUCCCCCUCUUCCCAAAUUAAGAAGGAGAGGGACGUUUACUUGCCCUCUGCUGCACUCCAAGGGCUCCCCAAUGAAGGUGACUUGCUGGAUCCUGGCAGGUUUUUACCUGCUUUUCUGCUGCAAAGCAGAAGAGGGACUGAAUUUCCCCACUUACGAUGGGAAAGACCGAGUGAUCGACCUGAAUGAGAAGAACUACAAGCAGGCCCUGAAGAAGUACGACAUGCUCUGCCUGCUCUUCCACGAGCCCGUGAGCUCUGACAAGGUCUCCCAGAAGCAGUUCCAGAUGACAGAGAUGGUCCUGGAGCUGGCGGCUCAGGUCCUGGAGCCCAGGAGCAUCGGCUUUGGGAUGGUGGACUCCAAGAAGGAUGCCAAACUUGCCAAAAAGCUAGGCUUGGUUGAAGAGGGAAGUCUCUAUGUCUUUAAGGAGGAGCGGUUGAUUGAAUUUGACGGAGAACUGGCCACGGAUGUCUUGGUGGAAUUCCUCUUGGAUCUGCUAGAAGACCCUGUGGAGAUCAUAAACAGCAAGCUGGAGCUUCAGGCCUUUGACCAAAUCGAUGAGGAAAUCAAACUCAUUGGCUACUUCAAAGGAGAAGACUCUGAACAUUACAAGGCAUUUGAAGAAGCCGCCGAACACUUCCAGCCAUACAUCAAGUUCUUUGCCACCUUCGACAAAGGGGUUGCCAAGAAGCUAGGUCUGAAGAUGAACGAGGUGGACUUCUAUGAACCGUUUAUGGAUGAGCCUGUUCACAUCCCCGACAAGCCUUACACAGAAGAGGAGCUGGUUGAAUUUGUGAAGGAGCACAAAAGGGCCACCUUGAGGAAACUGCGCCCAGAGGACAUGUUUGAGACGUGGGAGGACGACAUGGAGGGAAUCCACAUUGUGGCCUUCGCCGAAGAAGACGACCCAGAUGGUUUUGAGUUCCUGGAAAUCCUGAAGCAGGUUGCCAGGGACAACACCGAUAAUCCCGACCUGAGCAUUGUCUGGAUUGACCCCGACGACUUUCCUCUGCUGAUCACUUACUGGGAGAAGACCUUCAAGAUUGACCUGUUCAGACCACAGAUCGGGGUGGUGAACGUCACAGACGCCGACAGCGUCUGGAUGGAGAUCAGAGAUGACGAUGACCUGCCCACAGCCGAGGAGCUGGAGGACUGGAUAGAGGACGUGCUUUCUGGGAAGAUAAAUACCGAAGAUGAUGACGACGAUGAUGAUGAUGAUGACAAUGAUGAUGAUGACGACGACGACGAUGAUGACGACGACGAUGAUGAUGAUGACGACGACGACUAACUGUGACUCUGUGCAGUUUGACUUGUGGGGGCUGAGAGGCCUCCCCCUGCGGCAGGUCCCUCCAUCGGAAGACCUGCGUUUAAGCGUCAGCAAGCACCGCUGCUCCUCUUUCCCCCUUGCCCCACUCCCCCUGCCCCUGCCCUUGCUGGGACCCCCCGGCCUGAUUCUCAGCGGUGCUGAGCCACCGGGACUGCCCCUGCGGCGGGGGG